AUGUCCGGAAGAUCCAAGUUCAGCAAGAAGAACGCUACCAAGUUCGCAGUGGUCCACAGACCGCACGAUGACCCCAGCUACUACGACGCAGAUGCAGGUGACCAUGUGCUUGUCCCAGUCGAGAACCGUAACCUGAAAAAGGACCAGAAGACGAAGGCCCAGGCCCAGGCCCAAGAAGAGUUUGAAGACAUUCCAAAACUCGUAGACACGGCUGCUGCUUCCCCAGCUGCUGCCCCAGCUGCCAAGCAAGAAAAGAAAAACGGCCCCAUCAACGAGCACGUAGGUGAAGCAGCACUAUACGGGAUCAAUUUCGACGACUCCAAGUACGACUACACACAGCAUUUGAAGCCCAUUGGUCUCGAUCCAUCGCAUUCGGUGUUCAUUCCAGCCAAAACGAAGUCCAAAUCAAAGGCCAAUGAGAAACCAAAGAAGUUGAAGGACCCGGCAUCGUUGUUCGUGGAACCCACGUACCAGGACCUCGAGAACAAGCCCGCAGAGCCCCUCUUCGUGAGAGGUGUCGCGAAACAGGAGUACUUGGACCAGAUGCAGGAGAUCCCAGAGGAAUUGGUUGGUUUUAAGCCGGAUAUGAACCCAGCCUUGAGAGAAGUGUUGAUCGCAUUGGAGGACGAAGCGUACGUCGUGAACGAGGACGUGGUUGUGGAUAUCAAGGCGAAACCUGAGGAAAUACCCGAGGAAGUGGAUGAAGACGCCGACGACAUUUUCGCCGAGUUGUUGGGCAGCGGGAAGGCCGAUGGUGCGGACGAGUUUGAAGACGAGUUUGACGAGUGGGAUAUGGAAAACCUCGACAACUACGAAGAGGACCACUACAAGCAAGAAAUGGCCCAGUUCGAUACCAUUGGCAAGCUCGAGGAUUUACAAGAUAUCGACGUUUCCGCAGACGUUAGAAGGUUCAAGCUGCAGCAGAAGAAAGAAAGGAACGCAUGGGACUCGGAUAACGAUUUCAGCGACGAGGACGACCUAGAGGAGGAGGAACAAGAGACCAAGGAUGUCGUUGGAAAAUUGCCCAGUAUCGCAGGAACACGUUCCAGCAGCAAGACCGGUGGCCAGGCCCGUAAGGCUCGUCGUAAGAAGGGUGCCAUGUCAGAUGUGUCUGGCUUUUCCAUGAGUUCGAGUGCGAUCCCACGUUCAGAAGCUAUGACUGUGUUGGACGACAGGUACGACCAAAUUAUCGGAGGGUACGAGAACUACGAAGAGGAACUAGCAGAGGAAGAAGAGAAACACGAGACCUUUGACAUGCUAAAGGAACGUUCAGAUUUCGAGUCGAUGCUCGACGAUUUCCUAGAUAACUACGAACUCGGAAGCGGGAACAGGAAAUUGGUCAAGAAGGACCAGGAGAUCGCAAAGCUCAAGGAAGCUGCUGACGAAGUCAGCAAGGGUAAGCUCUCCAUGAGAAGAAAGAGAGAAAAGGAAAAGAAGUCCUCGGUAAAUAGCAUCACUGACAGACUAAACAGUCUAAGGUUUUAA